UAGACUGGUCUUAUGAUCAGACCGAACAGUCGUUCCCAUAUAUAGUUUUUCCAGACAUAAUAUUAAAAUACAUUAUAAAAAGAGUUUUCACUAGACUCAGUGAAGAAUCUGAUUGUAAUACAU